CUCAUUGGCUAUUCAGGAGAGAGACGAAGGCGCUUAAAUAGACAGCCUGCGUUGAAGGACUGAAACUUUAUGAAACUAACAUUUAGAAAAUAAGUUGUUUAUCUUCAAGGCACCAUGCAGUCCAGGCGAUGGUUUGGAGGGGCUGGGUUUAGCUUUGCGGAUGACCCUGUCACAGAGACGUUGUCCCAGGCCAUCCGAGGCACAGGAGAAGAGCUGGACCGAGAGCCAGAUACUGGGGUGCUGUUUGGCAGCCUACGUGGCAGCGUGGUAGGCCUCCGGUAUUAUACUGGCGUGGUGAACAAAGGGGAGAUGGUGUCUCUGGUGCGUCAGCCUCAGAACCCGUACGACCGUAAUGCGGUGAUGGUAGCUAACGUCUAUGGCAGUCAGGUGGGGCACAUCAAACGAGAGCUAGCCGCGUUGUUGGCUAACAUCAUGGACAACAACUUGGCCAGGGUGGAAGGGGUGGUCCCGUUCGGGGUGAAAAACCAGUUCACCAUGUCUGUAGUUCUGUCAUUCUGGGGGAGAGAGGAGAACAGAGAUGCAGUGGUGAGGCAGAUAACUUCACGCAGCUUCAAACUGCAGAGUGGGCCUACAGGAUUCAUGUGUGUAGAUGGUUCUAGAGAUCUGCCCAGGAAGACUGUCCUACUGACUGCAGAAGAGUUGAAGAAUGCAUUUGACAAUUUAUUUGAAAACCUGAUGGAGGAUAAGAUUGGAGAGAGAGAGGCAGUGGAGGCAGUGUGUACUCCGCUGCUGCCCCACCAGAAGCAGGCUCUGAGCUGGAUGUGUGUGUGUGAAAACAACACUGCGCUGCCCCACUUCUGGGAGGUUAAGGAGGGACUGUUCUAUAACACACUCACACACUCCUCUGUUAGAGAGAGACCACAGAGGGUCCGGGGCGGCAUACUGGCUGACGACAUGGGACUGGGGAAAACGUUGACCACCAUCGCUCUGAUCCUCUCCAACUUCCACCACGGGAAACCUCUGUGUGAACCGGAGAAGUCUUCCCCUGAACCUAAGGCCUCUACCACCGCAAGGAAAAACCCUGAAGGGAAGAGUGGUGAGGGCAUACAGGCAGAAGUGUCUCUGGCUCCCGCUGGUCACUCCCCUUGUAUGCGAGCCAAUCAGGCUGAAACUCAGGUAAUGUGUGUGGAGUCAGUGGACGUGGUGCAAGAGGAUGUAGUGGAGGAUGGAGACGAGGACUGGGUGUCUGAAAAGAAAGCGAAGGGAAGGCCACAGGGAGGCAAAGCCAAGGCCACCACAACAAAGAAAGCUGCUAAGACCAAAGGGAAAGCAGUCAGCACCUCAAGGAAAGGGGGUGCUGUGUUGGAGGACCUGGACUUUGCAGCAGCAUUGAGUGGGUUAACACAGGGAGCUCCUCAGGAAAAGAGUGUCGGUAAAAGUGUAGUUUCGCCGGUGGAAGCUGCCUCUUCCCAGAGCACAGACGACCCAGCAGCCAGAGCCACUCUCAUCAUCUGCCCCUUAUCGGUACUCAGCAACUGGCUGGACCAGUUGGAUCAGCAUGUGCGAGCGGACGUCAAGCUGAAUGUGUAUCUGUACUACGGCUCGGAACGCAACAGGGACACACACUUCCUGUCCUCGCAGCACGUGGUCCUCACCACCUACAACGUGCUUUCUGCUGACUACUCGGGCAUUGCUAGUCCCCUCCAUACAGUGAGCUGGCUGAGAGUAGUCUUGGACGAGGGCCAUAUUAUCAGAAACCCAAACGCCCAGCAGAGCAAGGCUGUACUCAAAUUAAACACACAGAGACGCUGGAUACUCACAGGCACUCCCAUCCAGAACAACCUGAGGGAUCUGUGGAUGCUGGUGGCGUUUCUGCGUCUGAAGCCGUUCGACGUGAGAGAGUGGUGGAACAGAGUCAUACAGAGACCUGUCACACAGGGGGACAAGACCGGCCUGCAGAAUCUGCAGGCUCUGGUGAAGUGUGUCACGCUGCGUCGUACGAAGACCAGCCGGGUGUGUGGUCGGCCUCUGGUCUCUCUGCCGGAGAGGAGCGUCAGAAUAGAGGAAGUGGAGCUGACACAGAAGGAGAGGGAGGAAUACGAGCUGGCACGCACAGAGGGACGCACCACCAUCAGCAGGUACGUUGCAGAGGGGACUGUCCUCAGGAACUACGCAGAUGUUCUGGCUAUCCUAGUCAGGCUGAGACAGUUCUGCUGCCACCCUGACCUACUGGGAAAGACCACUACACACACAGGUGUGGUAGCUGUGACUCCUGCAGAGUUGAGAGAGCGUCUGAUAAUGAAGCUGAGGCUGGUGCUGGGCACUGGCUCUGAUGAAGAGUGUGCUGUAUGUCUGGACUCUGUUCGUCUGCCCGUCAUCACACACUGUGCACACGUCUACUGCAGACCCUGCAUCGCAGAGGUCAUACGCAGUGAGCAGGAGCAGGCGCGGUGCCCUCUGUGCAGAGGCCAGAUCAAGGCCAGUGAACUAGUGGAGUUCCCACUGGAGGAAGAGGAGGAGGAGAGUAACCUCUUGGAGAACUGGAGGAGCAGCUCCAAGGUGGAGGCUCUAAUGUCUAGCCUGCUCAGACUGCGCAGUGAGGACGACAGCAUCAGGAGUCUGGUUGUCUCUCAGUUCACACGCUUCCUCACUAUUCUGGAGAUUCCACUCAGGGAGGAGGGUUUCAAGUUUGUACGUCUGGACGGCACUAUGAGCCAGAAAAGGCGGGCUCAGGUCAUUCAGGAGUUCCAGAGCGACGCCCCUGGCAGCCCAUUGAUCAUGCUGCUGUCACUCAAAGCCGGAGGGGUGGGGAUAAACCUCAGCGCUGCAUCCCGCGUCUUCCUCAUGGACCCAGCAUGGAACCCAGCAGCAGAGGACCAGUGUGUGGACCGGUGUCACCGCCUUGGCCAGAAGAGAGAUGUUGUCAUCACUAAGUUCAUAGUGAAGGGCUCCGUGGAGGAGAACAUGGUGAAGAUUCAGAGGCAGAAGCAGGAUCUGGUGGAGAAGGCUUUUGGCACCAAGAACCCCAGUGAGAGGAAGACAUCGCGUGUUGAUGAAAUCCUAGCCCUGAUGGAGCUGUAGAUGCCAGCACUAAAAACAGCAAUUAUUUUGAACAGAGCCCUAUCUGGCAGGCCAACUUUGUUAUCCUUUAAGUUUAGAGGUAAUGUUCUCCCAGCUGUGCGACCAAACACACACACACUGCCCAUUGUUGAGAUCAGUACUGCAUAUGUGGGAAUAAAGUUUCUGUGACAAACCAUA